AACUGGCAUGGCCUUCUGUGUUCCUACCCCCAAUGUAUCUGUUGUGGAUCUGACAUGUUGUCUGGAGAAAUCUGCCAAGUAUGACGACAUCAAGACGGUGGUGAAGCAGGUGUCCGAGGUCCCACUAAAGGGCAUCCUGGGCUACACUGAGAACCAGGUUGUCUCCUGCGACUUCAACAGCAACUCCCAUUCCUCCACUUUUGAUGCUGGGGCUGGCAUUGCUCUCAAUGACAACUGUGUAAAGCUCAUUUCCUGGUAUGACAAUGAAUAUGGCUACAGCAACAGGGUGGUGGACCUCAUGGCCUACAUGGCCUCCAAGGAGUAAGAAACCCUGGACCACCCACCCCAGCCCAGCAAGGAUACUGAGAGCAAGAGAGAGUCCCUCAGUUGCUAAGGGGUCCCCAUCCCAGCUCAGCCCCCAACCCUGAGCACCUCCCUCACAAUUCCAUCCCAGACCCCAUAAUAACAGGAGGGGCCUAGGGAGCUCUCCCUUCUCUCUUGAAUACUAUCAAUAAAGUUUGCUGCACCCCCCAAAAAAAAACAAGAACAAGAACAAAAAAAUAUUUGCGAACUGCAUAAAAUGGUUACAGUUAUCUGAGGUACUAAGAACUAAACUCAGAUCCCCUGCAAGAGCGGCCAUGGCUCUGACCCAUGUAGCCACCUCUUCACAGGAUGGUUUCACUAUGUACCCCAGGCUGGCCUUGAACUCAUAAUUCUCCUGUGUCAGCCUCCAGCAUGAUGGAAUUACAGGUGUUUGCCACCUCUCCCGACUAUGCAUCUCAUUGCCCGAUGGGAAGUUAUUGUCUUAGACCCUUAAUUCAGAAGGCCAGGGAUGUCCCGAGUGGCCGGGUGAAGACGACUAGCUAAUCACAAUCUUUACUGACCUUGGAAACUGCAGAGAAGUCGCUUCUCUGAGCGAGGAUUCGAGAAAGAACAUCCAGAUAAGCCGGGGCUGUGUCAGCGAUCACGUGGGAGGGCGGGUGACUGAAAACUUACAGGGAGUUAUCUGAGCCGUAACAAAUAGUUGUUCUUACAUAGAAAGAAAAUCGAGAUGUGGUUUUGUGUAGCUGAAGCUGACCUCAGCUCAUUUGAACUUCUUUCUGGUCCUCGUGCCUCCAUAUCCCGAGUGCUGUCGUGCAAGGCUACAUCACUACACUUGGCUUCUGCGGUGCUGGGGAUCGAAUCUGAGGCUUUGUACACGCUAGGCAAAUGCUCUACAGCUGGGCGACCGCCCCAGCCCUGACUUCACAAUUUUUACAUUUAUUUAUUUAUUUAUUUAUUUAUUUAUUUAUUUAUUUAUAUUCUUUCACUUUUUUAUCUUUGACAUAACAGGGAAACUUUAUUUAGAUCAUUUACGUUAGAAAGGAAUACGCUGUUCUGAUUGACAGGAGCACAAAGGGGGAGGUACUCAAGGACCUAAAAUGCUUUUGGUUUAAUAUACGUGUGUGUGGUGGUUUGAAUGAAAAUGUCCCCCACAGGCUCAUAGGGAAUGGCACUGUUAGGAGAGGUGGCCCUGCUGGAAUAGGUGUGGCCUUGUUGGAGGAAGUGUGUCACUGGGGGUGGGCUUUGAGGUUCCAAAAGCUCGAGUCAGGCCCAGUGUCACUCUCUCUUCCUGCUGUCUGAGGUUCUGAAUGUAGAACUCUAAGCUCCUUCUCCAGCACCGUGCCUGCCUGUGUGCUGCCAGGCUUCCCACUAUGAUGAUAAUGGACUAAACCUCUGAACUGCAAGCCAGCCCCGAUUCAAUGUUUCCUUAUGAAAGUGGCUGUGGGGCUGGAGAGAUAGCUCAGAGGUUAAGAGCACCCGACUACUCUUCCAGAGGUCCUGAGUUCAAUUCCCAGCAACC